GAUUCGGUCCCCGCGCUCAAGGCCUGCGAUAGAAGUUAUGCAAUAGCUUAAUUAUAACAGCUGUUUCAUUGACCCAUUAUAUAGAUAGCGUAUGAAAUCUGUCUUGUUAAAUUGAUACGGAUAUAAAUUAUCGCAUAACCUCGUCCACGACCAAAGUUUCAUUUUCAAUGCCACGCCUCGGCCGCGUCAUCAGCGUGCGUAACAAUAUUGUAUAACAUUCGUAAACCAAAAUACGAACAAGCACGUGGUUUAUUGUGAAAAUAUGUGUGACCAAAGUCUGUUUAAAAAAAAGUAACUAAGUAUCUGACAUGUGACAUAAAUGAUGUAAAAAUUAAAAACAAUUGCGCCAAAAUUUUCAGGCUCAGUGUCGUGGUUUGUGUAACUAUUCACGUGAUUAUUUAACUACACACAAAAAAUAAAUAUAUGAAACUAGAAUUUUAGAAUAGUGUUUCAGUGCAUUACAGUUGUUUUAUGUAAGUUCAAAAUGGACUUCAUCAUCGGCGGGUUAGCCGGCGCAGGCGCAACGAUAUUCACAAAUCCUAUGGACGUUGUAAAGACCCGCUUACAGUUACAAGGCGAAUUGAUAUCUAGGAAGGAACAGGCAACACGUUACAGGGGAAUAUUCCACGCAUGUUAUGUUAUAGCUAAGGCAGAUGGUGUGCUAGCUUUACAGAAGGGUCUCACGCCGGCCAUGUUGUUUGGCUUUUGUAUGAACUCUGUUAGGCUUGGCUCAUACCACAUAGCCGAAGUGCAGGGUUGGACAAAGACAGACGGCGCCACUAGUAUACAAAAGGCCGUUUUUUGGUCAAGCGCGAGCGGGUUGUUCAGUGGGGUGGCUGCUAACCCGACGUCUGUUGUCAAAACUAGGAUGCAAUCCGCGGCACAUCCUAGUGUAGCCGUAGGAAGACAGUAUCAAUAUAAAGGUAUGCUGGAUGCCUUCACAAAGAUCUACAGAACGGAAGGCAUGAGAGGUUUCUUCGCCGGAGUCAACGCGACGUGCAUGCGAUUGGCUAUCGGCAGUGCCGCUCAGUUGACUACUUUUUCAGCUGCAAAAGAAACUCUAUUGAAUAAUGGGAUUUGCAAACGGUCAGAACUGGGCCUAGCAUUCCUGGCAAGUGCCAUUAGUGGUGUGAUGGUAGCUGUGGUCAUAUGCCCACUAGAUGUUGUCACCGUACGACUGUACAAUCAGGGGUCCGGAUUCCAAAGUGAAAAGCUAUACACUGGUGUAUUUGACUGCAUCAAGAAGAUAUUGAAAACGGAAGGCACUUACGGCCUUUACAAGGGUAUUGGCCCACUGUAUUUGCGGAUAGCUCCCCACACGACACUGUCGCUUGUUAUAUGGGACAUGUUAAAUAUUGUGUUCGAGAAUAAAAAGAGCUAACAGUA